UCUAUUUUUGAUUUCAACCGCAGUUAAAAAUAAAACCAUGAGUAAUCACAUUUGGGUUUGAUCUCCUUGCAAUGUUCCCGUUCUCGAGGAGCCUGCUAAUCAUCUGACCGAUCCAUUUAUUCCUAGUGAUCCUCGGGUUUUACUCUUCUUUCUCUCCCAUGGCGGCUCUGUUCUGUUAGACCCAUCGCCUGAUUCUCCUCCUUUUUCUUUUUCUCGUUCGUAAAUCUCUCUCAGUUCGCUCGAUCGGUUGUGGGCUCCUUGAAAAAUCCGAAAUUUUCUCGAGUUCGUUCCUGGGUCUUUCGCUUUCCGAGUUCUGAUCAUGGCGGUCGUUGAGAACGGAGGUGCUGAUGCUGGGGCCGGCGUGAUCUCUUCGUCACCGCCGUCUUCGGUGGCGAGUCAGGACUCAAACCUGUCUUCCAACGACCAGGCCCACCAAUCGAGGAUCGAGCUCGGUUUUCACCAGAACGGCGGCGGUACAAUUCUCCAACACGAUCAAGGCGGCAUCUACGGCAAGAUCGGUCCGCACGUGGAGAGAUCCGACGGCGCCGGCGGCGGAGAGAGCUUCAAGCGCGAGAUGAGGGAGCUUCAGGAGCUCUUCUCCAAGCUCAACCCCAUGGCUGAGGAGUUUGUUCCUCCAUCGCUGGUCAAGCAAGGCGUUGACGGAUUUAACGGCGUCAAUGGAGGUUUCAUCACCGGCUUCAACUCGUUCAUGGGCAACUACGGCUUUGCUGCCCCCGCAAACGGUUCCAUCAACGGCGGGUUUCGACGGCGGCUUCCUUGGACGCUGUAUGCAAAGUAUUCUUCAUUUCAGCGAGACUCCCAUACUGUUUUCUCGCAGAAGAAGAGUUUCGGGCAAGGGCAAAGGAGGAUCAACAGUCGGACAAACAUAGCUCAAAGGGAAGAGAUCAUCCAGAGAACUGUCUAUGUCUCUGAUAUUGACCAUCAGGUCACUGAGGAGCAGCUUGCUGGUUUGUUUGUCAGCUGUGGACAGCAGGUCGUUGAUUGCCGUAUAUGUGGUGACCCUAACUCGGUCCUUCGCUUUGCCUUUGUCGUGUUCACUGAUGAAGAGGGUGCAAGGGCCGCUCUGGACUUAUCUGGGACGAUGCUGGGAUUCUAUCCGGUUAGGGUUCUGCCCUCCAAAACGGCUAUUGCACCGGUUAACCCGACCUUCUUACCGAGGAACGAAGAUGAACGUGAGAUGUGUGCGAGGACUAUUUACUGCACUAACAUUGACAAGAAGGUCACUCAAGCAGAUGUGAAGCUCUUUUUCGAGUCUGUUUGUGGAGAGGUGAACUGCCUGAGGCUGCUGGGAGACUUUCAUCACUCAACUCGUAUUGCUUUCGUAGAGUUUGUGAUGGCAGAAAGUGCAAUAGCUGCUCUCAACUGCAGUGGUGUUGUUCUGGGUUCGUUACCGAUAAGGGUGAGCCCCUCGAAGACCCCUGUUCGUCCUCGUCACACAAGACAUCCAUUUCACUGAUACUUAGCUGCAGGUUCACCAGACAUAUAUAUACAUGCCUGUUAGACUAUAUAUAUAUAUAUCUCCCUCUUUCUCUCUCUCUCUCUCUCUUACAAAAACUGCCAUGUAAAGAUGGUCUGCAACUCUGGUCUCUGCCUGGGAACCAGUCUUUUGGUAAUCUCCUUCUUGGGUAGUUUUAAUGUCUGGAACUUAGAACAGAACACACGGAGCAAGAAUCCACCUCGAGGGUUUUGGAGAUGUGUGUGUGUGUGUAUAUGACACAUAUAUACACAUACAUUGUCUUUACGUUUUUGCCAUGGCUCAUUUGGACACAUUUAUGGAACAUUUGCUUUUGCAGUGAGAGAGAGGCCCUAUACCCAUUUGCUUUA